CGUCCAGUGUCGGUGGUUUUAGUCCUUUCUCGGAGCUUCAUCGCCGGCAGAAUGUACAGAGCGUGCUUGGUAUUGUGCGUGGCAGCCGCGGCUGCCCAGAGUCCCUUCGAGCUGGACCCCAGAUCCGGCUCCUAUUCCGGGAAGCCGACCAGUCUGGGACCUCUGUACAGCACGGGCCUCAGCUCCUCCCAGAGUUAUCGCGACAACAGCUACGAGGACAACGCGGUGACGCCCACGCCGUCCCCGACGCCCAUCUACAGGAAUUCCGCUGCCCAGCAACAGGUGUAUCGCAAACCCCAGGAUCCUUCCCGGGAGUACCAACAUCAAGUUCCGGUCAGAAUCGUUUCCCAGCCUCAGAGAGGACCUCAACGAGGGGCGCCGCAACAAUUCACGCAAAAUGGACAGCAAGUAGAUCCGGAAGAGCUGGAGGAAGAAAAGGAGGAGCCCGACCGACUGAGCCUUCUUUUGCCGCAAAGUAAAUUCGACUGCGUGAACAAACAAACCGGAUAUUAUGCCGACGAAGAACUCAACUGCGAAGUAUUCCACUACUGCCAAGACAACGCCAAGCAUUCUUGGAUCUGCCCCGAGGGAUUCACCUUCCAUCAGGUACACCUGAUCUGCAUGCCUCCUAGCGGAGACAUUUCCUGCAAGAAGAGCUCCCAGUAUCACUUCGUCAACGAGUAUCUGUACAAACCCCUCAACCAGGCCGAAGCCGAUAGCAAACCCAACGUCACUUUGAGAUACAGCGAGAGAUAUUAUCCUGCCGAUAUCUACACGGACGAGCGCGAUUCCGGAGACUAUCAAGUCCAAACCCCUAAUUCGGCAACCAUUCGUCGACCUGUCCAACAGGUCUACCUCGGACAGCAAUCCGCCCUCAAUGGACUCGCUGCGAGUCGUCCUCAAUCUCAGAUCGUUCCCCAAUACCGAGUUCCGGUGAAUCAAGUAUUCCGCAGCCCCGAGGAAGUCAACAUCCCCCUUCAGCAACGACGACCCCAGCCCCAGCAACAGUUGCUGCGAAGAUACCCCCAAGUCCGACCGGACGAGGAGGACUACGAAUAAACUCUGCGAGUACAACUCUUUCGGCGGUCCUUGUCGUGCUUUGUUCCCGUCAAAUUCCAAUCGAAGGGGCAGAAUUCCGUCUUGGCGGGCUUCUCUCUGUGUCUUCAAUGCGUUAAGUACCGAUCUAGCCCAGACUUAACCGAUUCCACGGCGUUCCACGUCGUAAUUUCGACCGAAAUUUUAUGAGACCCGACAUUACAAUUUCUUAACUUCACCCUGUUGUACCCUGUUGUACCCUGUUGUACCCUAAAUGUACCCGACUCGACGUGGAACUACGAACUUGACCCUGACUUUACCUGGGCUUAUUACCAAUGUUAAUUUUCAACUUAUUUGACCUUGUUUACAUCCACUUUGAAUUUAUGCGAUCCCAUAGGAAGACACCUUAGUGCUCGAGGCUAAAUCCGUUUAACCCUUUCCGAGCUGAAAUUUUACAUCAUUUAAUCGGUAGCAUCCGAAGUAACACAUACCUCCUAACGAGUUAAUUACCUGAAUCUUCUAAUUGCAUUUACACGUUAUCGUUUGCUCCAAUCCAUAUUGGUACUUGACGCAUUAACUCGAACCUCGAGGAAGCCCUCGAAUAUUAUCGAAAAGUCCAGGAACAAAGCAACGAAUCCCCAGGAUCGUUCCAAAGUUAAAGAAGAACUGGUCAUCGGUCGUCAAAUUCUUCUCCCCGACGAAGAAAAAUGGUUCCAGCAUUUAGGGGACCACUCGGACCGAAUGACCUCGAGUGCUUCGAGAAAGAUGUACAGUAAGAGCAAUUUGUGGUGUUCGAACUGUACCUACUGCCAACUACUGUUUAACGUAGAUCCAUCCCUACUAAUUUAUACGGUUCAUCCGAGUUUAAUCAACCCGCGUCGAAGGAAGAAGAACGAAACGAAAAAGUGCAGUAAAUUGGUACAAAUCGUACGCUUAUAUAAUACAGGUGUGUUAUACAAUCAAUUCUUUUUCAUGGACUAACUGAAACAACUCGUGUAUGCCCUGGAAUUAUUUUAAUUAUUUAUUAUUACAUUAUAUCGGAUACCUGUAUUAUAUGUACGUUAUAUAAUGUGCACGGUUUACAGGAAAAAGAGGUUGGAUGUAUUUUAUGCAGGAGAGAUUUUGCAAAAUUAACAGGCACCAAUCAUUGCCCCUACUGUAUCUGUAAAUAAUGAUCGGUGAUAACAAAGUGAUACGGCAAGCGUGUACAAUUACUUGUCCAGUACACGAUCAGCCACUCGACAUUCGCAAACUAUCCGCGGAAACGUCUUGACCAACAAAUUGUUACUACGUUACUUUUAAUCACCUUCAUGUCAGAAGUCGACUUUCCCCGUUCGAGCUUUCAUCGCCUUUCCUCGAGAUCGGUCAAGACUUUCGAGAUAGCGUCGCACGAGUCGAGUUUUCGUGCAACAUAUUCAUUACUUAUUGCAUUUGUAUGUACUCGUUAAACGGAACAAUCGCGCGCGAGAGCGAGUGAGGUAGAUUUAUA